UGUGACAGAGAGGAGGGAACAACAGAAAUCUUACUUGAAAUUUAAGAGAUCUUCAAAUCCAAUCCAUCGAUCACAAAUCAAUAAGCUGGAGUAAAAUCAAUCAAUCAAUCAAAUCGCGGAAGAAAUCAGAGAAGUGGAAGAAGAAGAUGUUGCCUACCGCUUCAACAACAAAGGGCCGAUCGAGCCAGCAAGCCCGGCCGAAUUCGUUUUUCCCGUACCUCCGCAGAAUAGUCAAGUGGCAACAGAUGGAUAUUGAAUACACUUUCUGGCAAAUGCUUAACCUAUGCACAUCACCGAAAGUCGUAUAUCAGCACACCAAGUAUCAUAAGCAAACAAAGAACCAAUGGGCACGUGAUGAUCCUGCAUUUGUUGUCAUAUGUAGUCUUCUUUUGUCAGUUUCCACUAUUGCAUAUUGUGCUGCGUACGACCAUAGUGCAGGGCAUGCUGUUUUUGUAGUUAUUUCAACUUUGUUCUUCCAUUUCUUUGUAAUUGGUGCGAUUUUGGCUACAUUUUGCUGGUUUUUCACUAACAAUUAUCUUCGAGAAGAAGCUCCAAACAGUUAUGUGGUGGAGCAACGGGUGGAAUGGUUGUAUGCGUUUGAUGUACACUGCAACUCUUUCUUCCCCAUGUUUGUGCUGCUUUAUGUUCUUCAUUAUUUCCUAUCACCUCUGCUAGUGGCUCAUGGUUUUGUUCCCUUACUACUAUCAAAUGCGCUCUUCAUGGUAGCUGUAUCCUACUAUCAUUACCUAAAUUACUUAGGUUAUGACGUAUUGCCCUUCCUGGAGAGGACCACUUUGUUUCUGUAUCCAAUUGGUGUUGUCCUAGUUCUUUCCCCCAUAUUAAUUCUCAGUGGUUUCAACCCAUCAAGAUAUUUCAUGAACAUGUAUUUCAGUCAAAGGCAAUACAUCAGCUAACAACUCCUCAGGUAGCACGGCACUGCCCGAGAUGAUCCUGUAUACACAGCAGCUUGAUACUGGUCUUUUAUCAUGGGAUAGAUUGGUGGAGAGGAUUGUCUCGGCUACACUUCAACUGGUAUGUUAGGCCUUUCGCUGCUGAUGAGUAAAGUAAGAAUCGAGCGGAGGGCCUUGAGUGGUUUCUUCCUAACCGGGAUAGCGGAUUAGCGUAGCAUUUUUGUAAUGUUUUUUUGCAUUUUGAUUGACUCGUAUUAUCAGUGGCCACGCAAUAGUGAAUGUUCAUAAUAGACGCUACACUUCUAACAGUAACGAUUCAGAAAGUAUGUCUGGUCUUCAUUGCUCCCUUUGUGGUGAGUCAGUUAUAUUCAUUGUGGCUAUGUAUGUGUAAAAUACGUCUUCAUACAGUGAUGCCUUUUAUUUUUAUUUCA